UUUAAAUGGGAUGUGCAUUUAACGAGAGGGAAUCAAAGGUGUAAAGAUGUGCCGAUACACCUUCAGAAGUGAACCGAGCGCCGUUUGAUGGGACCGAGAAGGCCCGUAGAAUCUACUAUGCUCGCAGUACAAUACGAUACCGGGAAGAGCAGGAAGAGCAGAUGCUGAUGCUGAUGGAUUUCAUCAGCGAGAAGGACUCUUGGCACCGAGAGCCAAGACUGGACCUGCAUCUUUAGAUUUGACUCGGGUAGCUGCAGAAUUGGCUCAGUUCGUGAGUGUUGUUAGGUGCGGCAAGGCAAAGCAAAGCAAAGCAUAUGACUGGCUGAUGUGUUGUUCGAGAAUGUUUUGAGGAGAAGAGAGUUUGAAUCGGCGAAGAUGCCAGAACUGCCGGAGGUCGAAGCUUCGCGCAAAUUCGUCGAGGACCACUGCCUCGGCCAGCCCAUAGUGAGGGCCGAAGUUCAAAGUGACACCAAAGUUCUGUGCAAUGUGAGCGCGCAGGCUCUUGAAGAAGCUCUUACUGGCAGGACCAUAGUCCGGGCUGGACGUAAAGGAAAGCACUUGUGGUUGGAGCUGGACCAACGUCCUUGGCCCGUUUUCCAAUUUGGAAUGACGGGUGCAAUUUUGAUUAAAAAUUUUAAAGGUGUUUGUUACAAGCGGUCUGCUGCCAAUGACGAAGAAGAAUGGCCCUCAAAAUAUGCGAAGGUGCUCGUGGAGUUGGGAAACGGAGUGCAGAUGGCCUUCACCGAUAGUCGGCGCUUUGCGAGAAUUCGCCUACUUCAAGAUCCCCCAACAGAGUCACCUAUAUCAGAAUUGGGUCCAGAUGCCUAUUUGGAGCUUCCAGACAAUGACGCGUUCAGACAGGCUGUCCAGUUAAGGAAAGGAUCGAUAAAAGGUGUUAUUCUUGAUCAGAGUUUCCUGGCGGGCAUAGGGAACUGGAUAGCAGAUGAGGUUCUAUAUCAGGCUCGGAUACAUCCAGAAACACUAGCUUCCAACAUGACUUCUGAAGAUUGCGGAAGACUGCACAGAGCUAUUCAAGAGGUAGUGUAUUUCUCAGUCACAGCAAAUGCCGACCACGAAAACUUUCCGAAGCACUGGCUGUUUCAUCUGCGGUGGAACAAAAGGCCUGGCUCUUUGGACGGAAACAAAAUAGACUUCAUCAAAGUCGGAGGACGGACUUCUGCUUAUGUACCAGCUCUCCAGACACCGAUGUUCUUCACAACAUCCAAAAAAUCAUCCAGAAAAGAGAAGACUUUGGAUGGCUGCAAGCUGGCUAUCGAGAAAGUCUUGAAAGCAAGAUCUAGCGUGCAAACCUCCAGGAAAAGCAGGAAGGCCAAAAUUUGCGAUACUAAAGACGAGGUUAUUCUUGAAGAGAGAAAAACAGAAUCUAAUGUAUUUGCAGAGAGUGAGGCAGCGAGAGCAAUUGUGCACGAAAAGCCUUCCAAGAGGCGGAAAAAGUCGGACCCUGGUGAUGCACUUGAGAGUAGGAAAGCAGUAACCAAAAUUGUACGGAGGACAGGGUCAAGAAAGGCAGGAUCUAAUGUAUUUGCGGAGGGUGAGGCAGUGAGAGCAAUUGUGCACGAAAAGCCUUCCAAGAGGCGGAAAAAGUCCGACCCUGUUGAUGCACUUGAGAAUAGGAAAGCAGUAACGAAAACUGUUCGGAGGACAAGGUCAAGAAAGGCAGAAGUGCAGUAAGGUAUUCAUCCUUCAUUGCUCCCAAAAUUGUGAAGGGUUCGUUCGUGGUAAGGACAACAAACCUCAUCGAGAAACCCUCUUUUCCAAAGCUGAAGUAAAGUCAGAAACAACGAUUGUAGUCACAUUGAGCUUGAGUUGUGAACCACACUCACCAAUGUUACAUUCGACUGCUGAAGUGAUACAAAAGAGCAGAGGUGGUUUGCAUAUAGAACUUGCAAGGUGACUUCUUAACUGUCUACGGAACUAAACCUCUAAACUUAAGUGCAGAGGUUUAGUGUGUCAGAGCUGUCUGUCUCUCUGGAAGCACGUAUCCCGAAAAUGACUUGUACCUAUCAGUUGAUGACGUGCGCCAGUGCUUUGAAGAGGAUCUUGGACGACGCGCCCGAAGAUGAUUGUCUGAUCGCCAGGCAGUUUAGCGUCAACUCUAAUGAGCGUAUGUGAGUAAUUGUUCUUUGCACCCGAAUGAGGCCAUGGUAGAUGAUAUGGAAAUGGACGAUCUGCUCCAGAAUCGAAAGUCACCUUCCAGCCUUCAAAAGAGGCGGCUGGCAUGUCAACUAUAAUGGUCUCCUUCGAAUCCGUCUGCCCGUCUGCAGUCUCGAUCUGUUAUUUUGUCGUUUGUAGAAAGAACCCUUCCUCCCACUGAUACUGAAAUUCGCUCAUUGAUCCUCUGGAGUUUAUCUUAAUCACUAGCUACUGGCGUAGGCUCUG